UGUGUACUAAUUUGUUCUUAUUUUUAUCUAUAUUCACGCCUCGACCCUCUCACCUGUCCUAUUCAUCACACCGCUCUCUCCAUUUUUCCCUCUCCGAAUCUUCAACCUGGUCUGAUCUCGGUUUCGGACCUUCAUCCGCUACCUCUUCGGAACUUCUUCCUCCAAUGGCCAUGUUGAGAGGAUUCAGCUCCCGAAUUUUCCCUUCACUUACCACCAGUAACCUCAGGACCUCAUACCGGAAGUCUCCAAUGGCGAAUGUGCUACCCGCUUUUGACCGCUCAAUGAGCACCACAGGGGUGAAAGAAAGGACUUCAAUGGAGGAGUUGAGGAGUCUGAGAAUGGUAACGGCUGUCAAGACUCCAUACCUGCGUAAUGGCCAAUUUGAUCUCGAUACAUAUGAUAAUUUGGUGAACAUGCAAAUUGCAAAAGGUGUUGAAGGUAUCCUUGUCGCUGGAACAACCGGUGAAGGCUAUUUAAUGACUUGGGAUGAACAAAUAAUGCUUAUAGCACAUACAGUUAACUCUUUCGGCGACAAAGUUAAGGUUAUCGGCAACGCUGGAAGCAACUGCACAUCAGAAGCAAUUACUGCCACCGAGCAAGGUUUUGCUGUUGGAAUGGAUGCGGCAAUGCAUAUAAAUCCUUACUAUGGGAAAACCUCGUCGGAUGGUUUGAUUGCUCAUUACAACAGCGUUCUUUCAGUCGGGCGGGUCAUCAUAUACAAUGUGCCAACCAGAUCUUCUCAUGAUAUUCCUCCUAGUGUAGUUGAGAAAUUGGCUGAAAAUCCUAACUUGGUUGGCAUUAAAGAGUGUAUCGGUAACGACCGGGUGAAAAUGUAUACGAGUAAAGGACUUCAUGUUUGGACCGGGAACGAUGAAGAAAGCCAUGAAGCUAGAUGGGAAUGUGGUGCUACUGGACUUCACUCUGUUGCAGGAAACUUGAUUCCUGGUUUGAUGAAGGAACUCAUGUUUGAAGGUAAGAAUCCUACCUUGAAUGCGAAGUUGACGCCUUUGUUUAAGUGGCUUUUUCAUGUGCCCACGCCGGUUGCUUUGAACACUGCACUUGCUCAACUUGGAGUUAUCAGGCCAGUUUUCAGAUUACCACAUGUUCCUGUUCCUCUUGAAAAGAGAAGAGAGUUUGUGAAUUUGGUGAAUGAAAUGGGUAGAGAGAAUUUUGUUGGUGAAAAAGAUGUUCAAGUUCUUGAAGAUGAUGACUUUAUUGUUGUUGCUCGUUACUAAGCUGAAAAACCAUAUGUGACAUUUUAGUGUCAUAUUAAGUUGACAAAUAAAAUAAGACAUGUUUUAUUUUUUUA